AUGUUUUCCUCAGGUUAUCCCAGAAUUGUAGGCAUGAAAUAUUUCCCAAAUAUAACUACUCUCAUUCUCAUUGGACAAGGUAUUCAAAAGAUUUUAGGCUCAGAGUGCUGCCUGUUGCUCAAAGAGCUGUGGAUUGCUGAAUGCUGUUUAGCGAAAACAGAUGGUCUACAAAAAUGGGUAAAUUUGCAAAAGCUUUAUCUUCAAUGCAAUGAAAUUUCCAGGAUUGAAAAUCUGCUAGUCCUAACAAAGCUGAAUGUCCUUUGGUUGAAUAAUAACCUGAUCAAGAAUAUAGAGGGGAUCCGUAUCCAGUUUCAAUUCUGCCAGGAUGAUAAUUAUUUGAACCUGGUGUCUCAAGCCUUAGAAGAUUUCCAAGUGGAAAUGAAGAAAAGUUUUAGUUUGGUAGUACAAUUCUUGUUGAUGGAGUUGGAAACAGUGGGAAACGUUCACUUUGAAGAAGCUUUGUCAAAUAAUCCAUGUAAAUCACGAUUCUGUACCUGGGACUUCAGAGCAUACAGUAUCAUGGGAAUGAAAAUAAAUCACAACUUUAGAGUGCACAAUCAAAUUCUGAGGCUGAAAUUUAAGGAGACAUUUCAAAUAUUUCUGAGAGCAUAUGCAUACGUCAGGACAGUGUCAAGGUGGAUUUGUAUCCAUGCAGAAAAGAUGGAAUCUCUCUCUUAUGUAUGCAACCCUGAAUUGCCAGUUGAGGAAAAGCAGCUGCUACAAAUGCUCAGGAUAGUUUCCAGGAGAAAUUGUGACUACAGCUAUUGGCAUUGUGAGUGGUUUGUGUUUGACCAUGAACUGGUCCUGCCAGAAUACAUUGCUGAGUUUGAGCACGUUACACUGGUUUUGAAUUCGAAUGGCAACAGCCUGAGCAAGCUGCAGGACAUUUCUAGACUUAAAAACCUUCAAAAGCUUAUCAUCAGUUUUAAUGAAUUUGCUUCCUUAAAUAUUUAUGACCUACCCAAAAGAGAAUAUUUUGAUGCAAGCCAUAACCAUGUGAUCACACUUGAGGGCAUUAGAGGCUUACGCAAACUGCAGUUCUUCAACCUGAGCUGGAACCAGCUGAAAAAGUCCAGGGAAGAUAUAAACAUCUUACAUAAAAACACUCAACUUAGUCUUGACAUCACACACAACCCAUGGCAUAAGCCUGCCUCAUUGCAGCUGAGUGUCAUUGGCCAAUUAAAGGCUCUCACUAACAUAGAUGGAGUCCUGAUUUCUAAUGAAGAAGCUGCAAAUUCAUUACGAUACAUUGCAGGAUCAAAGAUGGCCCAGGUGUUUCUGUUAGAAUGUUCUAGGACUGAUGAAGAAAAAACUCUCAGUGUAUUUCCUUGCACUAAAAUUCUGUCUCAAAUUUUGAAGAACAAGGUGGAUUCGCAGAUGCAUUGUAAUAACUGGUAUUCAAUGAUCACUGUCUUAAAUCUGGAUGACCAACUCUUCAAAAUUUCUAACUUGGAAAAAUUGGAGCAUUUAAGAUGGGCAUCAUUUAGCAACAACAAUCUCACACUAAUAGAAGGAAUAGAGUCUUGUCUUAACCUCAAAGAACUCACUUCAGAUAAAAACUACAUUUCAACACUAGAUGGAAUUUCAAAGCUCACCAAACUUACAAGACAUAGUGUAAAUAAUAACCAUCUUAUCAGCCUCAAAAGACAUGUGUUUGAAAAUCUGUCUUAUCCUCAUUACAUUUCCAUUGAGAAUAACAGAAUCACGUCUUUAGUUGGUUUAAAGAAAACUUACUCCCUAACAGAGCUAUACGUAAGUAAUAACUUUGUUUAUACCAACCAAGAGACACAUCAUUUAAAGGGUUUAACUAAUCUGAUAAUUUUGGACAUGAGUAGAAAUUGAAUAGUCUGGAAACAAGAUCACUACCGACUAUUUGUAUUAUUCCAUCUUCCUUCUCUCAAAGCCUUAGACGGCAUCGCAGUAGAGCCAACAGAAGGAGAAAGUGCAAAAGAUUUGUUUGGAGGCAAACUCCUCACCUCUGACAUGAUUGCAGAUAGACUGGGACAUUCAGACUUCACAGAAAUGCAAGAAUUAAAUUGGACAGCUUCUAAUAUCAGCGCUGUAGAGCUGGUGCUAGCAGACCAGUUUAGAAAUGCCUGUGGCAUGAAUUUACAGAACAAUAAUCUCGUGUCUUUCAGUGGUUUAAUCUUCCUUCCUAAUGCCAAGGUAUGGUGUCUGAACUACAGUCAUAUUGAAUCAAUACUGCCUGGACAAAAACUCCCAAAUCAGGCAACAAAUAGGCAGCAGCCGUACGGAAACCUGGCCUCUCAUGGCUGUGGACAGGAAGGACUUGCCAAAGAAAGCAAGAAUGCAGAAUUUGGAGAAAACCUGCCCCUGAUAAUGCAGAGUUUGGAAGAUUUUCAUCUGGGCUGUAAUGGAAUUACUAACAUGGCCCAGCUACGGCUUAGCAGGCUAAAAAACUUGAAACUUCUCUUUUUGCAGAGUAGAAACCAAAUCAGCCAAAUUGAAGGACUUGAAGGUCUCAAAUUUCUGCAGAAGUUGCUAUUGGACCAUAACCACAUUAAAAUGAUUUCACAAGGUUUCCUUGCUAGUCAGAAUGGUCUUUCGACUCUUCAUCUGGAGCAAAACCAAAUACAAGAACUGAACAGUUUACAACCUGUGGUAAAAUCACAGAAACUCCUUCUGGACUUCAACAGAAUUCAAGAGUCAUCUGAACUAGAAAAACUUCAAGUUAUUCCCAGUCUUAAGGUGCCCUCAAAACACAGAAAUCCAAUAGACUCUCUGAAGCAAUCUCAGGUUUUGUAA